GAUUCACUUAAGUCAGUUUUAAGUUUUAUUACAUUUUGAAAAUGUCGCGAAUUAUUUUGAGCAUCGCUGUUUGCUUUGUACUUGGUGUGCCUAUUGGUGCUGAUUUCCCCGGGGAUCCUAAGCCUUGUAAAUAUGGCGAAUCGGAUUGCAUCGUAAAGCUGGUUAACGAAUUGAUCAGCAGUAAGGCAAGUCAGGGCGAUCGAGCUUUAAAUUUGGUUAAGCUUGAUCCGCUGCCUGUGGCCAAGAUGAACAUCAAACAGGGCGCCGAUAGUCCAGUCAACAUUGAUCUAACCUUUACGGAUAACAACGUCUACGGCAUUAGCACUAUGAAGAUCCGAAAAGUCAAGGGCUUCGGCAAGAGCAUUGAUAAAAAACAUGAACUGUUGUUGAAUGCGGCUACACUGACCCUUGCCGGACCCUACAAAAUCACGGGCAAGGUGCUAAUACUCCCUAUCAGCGGAAGCGGAGAGAGCAACAUGACAUUGGUCAACUGUGAUAUGAUAGUGAGCUUUACGGGCAAGCCUGUGGAGAAGGAUGGCGAGACCUACAUGGAAGCAACCAACCUGAAGCUUUCGACCAAGCCGGAGCGUUUGUAUUACCUCUUCAGCAAUCUGUUCAAUGGAGAUAAGGCCUUGGGUGACAAUAUGAAUACGUUCCUCAACGAUAACUGGGAGGCCAUAUUUUUGGAGGUGCAACAGUCGAUGCAAACGGCAUUUGCCGAAAUAUUUCAAGCGAUUAUCACAAAUGUUUUCUCAAAGUAUCCCUACGCUAAGUUCUUCGAGGAGUAAAUGAAAUUGACUAAUAAAUUAUAAUUAUAUAGUACAAA